UUAACAAAACUGCAGCAUCUUCACGACCUCACUGACGUCACUCCUCCUUCCAGCCCCCUUCCUGAAUCAAAAAGCAACCCUAGCCUCCAAACUCCAAAGACUCAAACGGCAACCCUAGCCUCCACUCACUCACUUACCCUCUCUGAACCAGUUAACCCUAAAAGGCCACCCCAGUCCCGCGAUUCAUCAACUCAUCAUCAACACUCAUCAGAGAGCCACCAAGCAGCAGGCAGCAGCUCCUACCAUCGCCGAACUCCUCUCCUCGGCCAGAGAUCGCCGUCGCCGCCGGAAUUGUGACUGAUAGAGGGUGCCGUCUCCGAACACUCACCCUCUUCUCCUCGCGGUGGAGCUCGGCCGUCGUCUCCUCGCCGUAACGAGCUCUGUUCCCGGCGUCUCUCUCUUCAAGCUCUCUCUCUAUCUCGACGAGGUCAGUGUCAGCGCCGUGUUCCUCCGAGCUCACUCUGUCACCGCUGUUCCUCCCUCGGCGUCUCACCGUUUGAUAAUAGUAAAGUGACAGCAUUGGUGAAACAGAAGGUGGAGUUGAUGAAGGUCAUGGUGAAACAUCGAAAAAUCGAAUCAAAUCAAUCAAUUUCAAUUCAGUUUGGUUGGCCUCAAAAAAAUCAAACCAAACCAGACCAAUAAAUUUUUUUACAAUUGGAUCGGAUGUUUUUUCCCCCUAAAAACCAAACCAAACCAAACCGCGCUGCGAACACCCACAGUGUCCAUAUCUCCUCAAUAGAAACAAAGGACACUAAGCACUAAUAUACGACACCCACAAUUAGCAUUGAUUUGCCCUCGCCUGCUCACCUUCUUGAGCCACCACCAUGACCUCACCGAGUCUGCUCAGAUCAUUUCUCCGCUCCACCGAAACCCUAAUCCCCCUGUCUUCCCAUCACAUCAUCUCCUUCAAUUUCUCACAAAACCUAAACCAACAAUCUUUCUAUUCUUCUCGCUCCAAUUCCCUGAUUGGGUCUCCAUCUAGAGUCCAGAAGCUCAUAGCUUCCCAAUCGGACCCUCUUCUCGCCAAAGAAAUCUUCGAAUGCGCCUCUCGCCAUCCCAACUUUAGCCAUUCUUACUCUACCUACCUCAUUCUUAUCCUCAAAUUGGGCCGCACCAGGCAAUUCUCCCUUGUCGAUGACCUUGUUCGUCGCCUCAAAUCCGAAUCCUACCCAAUCACUCCUACCCUGUUCUCCUACUUGAUCAGAGUCUAUGGCGAAGCUGAUUUACCCGAUAAGGUUCUCAAAACCUUCUACACUAUGCUUCAAUACGGUUUCAAGCCUUUGCCCAAACACCUCAACCGCAUUCUUGAGAUUCUUGUAUCCCACCGCAACUUUGUUCGACCUGCAUUCGAUCUCUUCAGGGAUGCUCAUAGGCACGGUGUGUCACCCAAUACUCAGUCCUACAAUAUUCUCAUGCGGGCUUUUUGUUUGAAUGGAGAUAUUAGCAUUGCUUACCACCUGUUCAACAAAAUGUUUAAGAGAGAUAUUGUUCCUGAUAUUGAGUCUUACCGGAUUCUGAUGCAGGCGAUGUGUAGGAAGAGUCAAGUGAAUGGAGCUGUGGAUUUGUUGGAGGAUAUGUUGAACAAAGGGUUUGUUCCUGACUCUUUGACUUACACCACUUUGUUGAACAGUUUGUGUAGGAAGAAGAAGCUUAGAGAAGCUUACAAGCUUCUUUGUAGGAUGAAGAUCAAAGGGUGCAAUCCUGACAUAGUUCAUUAUAAUACUGUUAUAUCGGGGUUCUGCAGGGAAAGGCGCGCCCAUGAUGCCUGUAAAGUUAUUGCUGAUAUGCAGAACAAUGGGUGCUUGCCUAAUGUUGUGUCAUAUCGAACUUUGGUUGGUGGGUUAUGUGACAAAGGAAUGCUUGAUGAGGCAAAUAACUACAUGAAGGAGAUGCUGUCUAAAGGUUUUUCUCCGCAUUUUGCUGUUAUUCAUGGCCUAGUAAAGGGUUUCUGCAAUGUUGGUAAGAUUGAGGAAGCUUGUGGAGUUCUGACCAAAUCGCUUGAGCAUGGGGAAGCUCCUCAUAUAGAUACCUGGGCGAUUAUAAUACCUUUAUUAUGUGAAGUGGACGAUGGUGUGAGGAGCAGAGAUGUUUUGGAGCAAGUUCUCAAGAUUGAAAUAACAGGUCAUACUAGAAUAGUGGAUGCUGGUAUUGGUUUGGAGAACUACUUAAUUAGGAAGAUACGAGCCAAUCCAAGAGCAUCUUAAUGCAGGUUUUUGUCCCCCAUGUUGGAUCAGCUUCAUUUUCAGUUGAAAAUGGGUUUAAAGUCUAUCUGUGGAGUGCAGACACGCUUAUGAUUUAAUUGUAAAGAUGCAUGAACUCAUUAUAAUGCAGAACAAAAUUUAGUCAGAUUGGUGGCCUUCAGCUUAGCAAAGGCAAUUUCAGAAUCAUGGGAGGGAGACAUUUGGACGUCUUAGGACAGGCUGUCCUCAGUAAGGGUGCCCCAGCAUGCAACAUGAGGAGUGAGCACUUUGGAAAGGCCACAAGGUGCUGCAGAGGACAAUGUGGCCCAAGGCAGAUGUUCUUGUUUUCUUAACUAGCGUAAUUUGAUUGAUGGGCCUACUUGCAUCAGUGAAGGUGUUCUCAUGGACACUGGACUACUGGAGUGGCUGAAAUAGGCAGAUUCUGCUCAUGUGACAUUGGUGUUUGCAGGAGCUAGAACUUGUAAUAAUGGACAGUUCUAAAAAUGCCUUAACAUGGAAGCUUCAUGGAAAUUGGAAAUUGUUUUUGUUAUGGAAAACAAUUUAUGGGCUCUUUGGAAUUUGGAUGUUACAUCUCACGGCAAUUUCAAUUCCUCAGGAAUGGAAGAACGGACCAGCAUUUGGAAUGCCAGGGAUUCAGGUUGAUCGAAUACAUGUUUUGAAGUUCAGGGAAGUCAGAAAUGAUGCAUAAGAAAGAGCCAGAGGAGAUGGACCAACUUUAUAAACUUAACUACUUAGUAGAGGUCAGUAGUUAUUCUUUUUCUUUUCCUCCCUCAUUUAUCACCAAUGUUUGUGGAACUAGUGUCAAUAAUGAAAAGAUUACAAGAAUCAUAUAUAUCCAUGUGAUAUACUUACGAGAAAAAAGUAUUUGAUGCAUAUUUUUAUGAGAGUUACAUUUGAUGGA